AAGCGCGGAUUGUGCGUUCAGUUCAGUUUGGAAGCUGUGUGCGUCUCGUGUGGACAGACACUCCGUGUUGUAUUUGGUGUAAAGCGCAACAACAAAAGUUGUAAAAAAAAAAAACGGAAAAAUCAUAAGUGAAGUGUGGCGAAAAAAGUUAGCGGCACACCUCUGUACUUUGUGUGGCAAGCUGGAGUUUCAGCUGUCAGCCGCACAUUCUGGAGCAGUUGAGUUACUGCUUGUUGUUGUAACUGCUGUUGUAGUUGAUUUUCAACACGAAUUUCGUGCAAAUUUAUAUUCGCGAAUAAUACUUUGUAAGCGUGCGUUCGAAACAAAAAAAAAAAUUAACGGUAAAUACUGUUGUGCUCGCAAAACAAAAGUUUUCACACACACACACAUGAAAUUGGAGUGUGUUGUAGCCGUGUGGCAUUGAAGCAAAAGUCAAAAGUUGUUAAUAAUAAACGCGGAAGGAAGUUCGUUAGUGUGCUGCGGCAUGUGGCUUGUGGCGCACACACACCAAACAUACACACAUACAUGCAUACAACUCUCCAAAGACUCAGCUACGCCAGUUGGCCAAUUCACAACUAGUUUGCGCAAGAGUUUCGCCAAUAGUUUAGCAACUUUUGCUGCAACCAAACCGGAGUUCGUAAAGUGUUUGCGUAUUUACCCAGUUGUUGUUGUUGUUAUUGUCACGGCAAGUGAAAAUUUAUACACAAAUACAUAUAAGCGCAUAUUGUCCCGUUUGUUGUGCGUUUUCGUGUGUGUGUCUAAAAGGGUUUCAAUCAACUCAGCGCCAAUCCCCAGCGGUUCGUGCCGUUCAUACGUUCGCGUUACGUGCUUUAUGUUUGCCAGUUAUGCUAUCUCACGCCCAUAAAGUGCGCAAAGCAGCGCUCAAAUAUUAUAUUGUCAAAUAAAUACAAAAGCAAAGUGUUUUGUUUAAAGUGUUUGGUUCGAGAAAACAAAGAAAAAAUUGCUUCGUGUAUGAAAUAAAAAUUUUCAAGUGCAUAAAAUAUUUAAGCGCAUUAAAAGAAAAUAAAAAUAAUAUUUCCUUUGUGUUGACCUUUGCUGUGCGCGCUCAAAGCUUUUGUGUUACUAAUUUAUUCACAGACAGCUUGGGAAUUGCUGCAAACUCACCAUCAGGCUCGUGCACGAAUAUUUAUGCGAAUGGGAAUGCAUUGAAUGUUACCUAUGAAUGUGUGAAUAACUGUCUCAAAUAUUGAGCUGGGAAUGUAUUUUGCAAUUGCGCAUUUGAAGCACUGCAAUGGACCUAAAAACCGGUGGACUACUCGUGCCGCCAACUGUUAAGAACUCAAGCUGCUCGCAUCCACGUUACACCAGCCACAAUUUCAUUGCACACAUCGGCAUUGCGGAGACCAUCGAGGCGGUGCUCAUACUCAUAUUGACGCUGGGCGUGAUUGGUGCCAAUGCGCUGGUCAUAUUUGUAAUAAACAAUCGUCGCUAUUCGCCCUAUAUACAUCAGCAGCCGCGUUAUCUGCUCACCUCUCUGGCUUUAAAUGACCUCACCAUUGGACUGCUUAUCACACCGUUUGGACUGUUGCCAGCGCUCUUCCAUUGUUGGCCGUACGGCGAGAUAUUUUGCCAAAUACAGGCUUUGCUACGCGGUGCGCUUUCCCAACAAAGUGCCGUUAUAUUGGUCUGCAUGGCCGUCGAUCGGUACAUGUGUGCAUUGCAUCCGCGAAAAUACUAUCAGCACUCCAGCAAAAAGGGCUGUGUUGCCGUGCUGAGCUUAACAUGGAUCAUCAGUUUGACGGUGUUUGGUUUUCUGGUGCUGCCAAAAGGCUAUUACUUCAACAACACCGGCCUCAUGGCCUGCGAACCAUUCUACAGUAAGCCAUCGUAUCGUAUACUGUCCACCUGCGCACUCUACUUCCCCACCACCAUGGUGCUAAUGUACUGUUACGGCUCGAGUUUUCAUUUGAGCCGUUUCCGUUUGAACGAUCCAACCAUGCCACUAACAGCUGCGGUCCAUCAUCCGCAUCUCGGACAUCCGCCGCAUAUGUACCAACAAGCGUUGCAUGCCCAUCACAUGCAGCACGGUGGCAUGGCGGGUGGUGGUAUGAGUCAUCACGGCCUGCCGCCGGGCACCACAACGCUACCGAACACGCCGGUAAUGAAUCUCAGCAUGGCCAUGAGCAUGGGUUUGGGGAUGGGCGGCAUGAGUGGUAUGACUGGUAUGGGCGGCAUGGCUGGUGCUGGGGGCAUGCAUUAUGGAGGCGGCGGCGUUGGUGGUGGUGGUGGUGGUGCUACUGCUUCGCUUAUGAGUGGCGGUAAUGGCGGCGGUGCUACUGGAGGCGCUGGCGCUGGUGCUGGUGCAGGUGGUGGUGGUCCAACGAAUAAUGUGACAAAGAAGAUUGUGCCCAUCCAGGAAAAACACUCUGCCGGCAAUACCUCACGUUCUAUGGCUGCCAUUUCGUUGGGUUUCAUUGUUAUGAUCACACCGUGGACGAUACAGGAGAUUGUCACUGCCUGCACGGGAUCCAAGCUGCCGCCUUUUCUGGAUUUUGUGGUAACUUGGAUUGCCUUGAGCAACAGUUUAUGGAAUCCUUUCAUGUAUUGGCUGCUCAAUUCGGAUUUUCGACGGCUGAGUAAACGCUUGAUGCCAAAUAGGUGCUUCCCCACCGAGGACACGCCCGAACACAAAUCACCCUGUUGUCACAUCAAUUCUGAUUUUGAAAUCACAACGCUGCCACUGCCGCCGGAACCGCCUACCGGACGACCACCAAAGGGUGGCGAUGCUGCUGGCGAUAACAAUGGCAGCGAAGGCGGCAACAGCUCCAGCGGUGGCGGCGGCAGCAGCAGUAGGGGCGGCGGCGGCAGUGGCAUACGCGGUGGCUCAGUGCUGGGCAUUUGCGCGCGAGCACGCACCAACAGUCUCAGUCGCAGCGCAUCGCAGCAGGCGCGCAAGAAUGCCAACAGCGGCGCCGGUGGCUGUAGCAACAGCAGUCACGGACAUCAUGGGCACAGUCAUCACGGCGGUGGCGGCGGUGGUAUGAGUUUCACUAGCGUACGGCCCGACAUUGAAGGGCUCUCCGAAAAGUACUGGGGUGAAAUACUGGAGCGCACUGUAAGCUCGGGCAGUCUGCACGCGCUGACGAAAAGCUUUCCGCACGCAGCGCCGCAUCACUACUAUGCUGCACACCAUCAGCCGGCGCAUCAGCAAACGUUUCCGCCGCCACCGCACACCGCAACAAUGACAACAUCGUUUAGCAAACACAGCGAACUGAAUCUCAACUUGGCGUUGGCCGAACAGGAACGUCAUGCAGCCGCACUGCACGAUGCGAGCGGUGGUGGUGGUGGUGGCGGCGGCACCGGUGCACUCAACGCCUAUGAGCUCAGCAAAUUUUCCAGUUCAGAGCCAAAACUCUGCGAACAUAUCUAUCAUGAUGCCAACUGUGCCAAAAAUAAAUCAGCGCUGGGCGGCGGCGGCGGCGUCACCAGUGUCAGCGGUGCGGACGAUGUCAAAAUGUCAGCUGGCAGCGCUGCAGUGGCGUCGGCAACCGGACGCAGUAUACCGGAUAUUUAGUACGCGGAGAACGUUAUAUUAGCAAACAAUCAAAUGGCGCGCUUUUGUGCGCGCGGCGUCGUCUGUGCUGGCGCGUCCAUGACAGGUGCUGGUGGUGGUGGUGUUGGUGGUCGCAGCAACACUUUAACCACCAAUCGUGUAGCUUGUCAUAGUCCGCCGGCGCGCAGCAUGUCCGUAUUAGUCGCCAUGCCGAUGGCCGAGUACCGGAAGUAGGCGCAUGACAAAGCGUGACAAGGCGACCAAGCAGCGGCAGCAGCAGCGCCGGAAAUGCAGUAAGCCAAAACUGUAGCACGAAAUGAAAUGAAUUUUGCGCCAGCACACUAAGGUGGCUAGCAAAGUGGCCUAAGCGCGCGGCUCUACCAUUGCGACUGGUCGUGGUUAAACCGUUCUGUGUAUGUAUGUAUGUAGUAUAUAGUUAGUAGUCCGUUAGUAGUCGGCGUUAGCUGUGCGCCAUCAAUGCUGCUAGCGAAAUUUUCACAAAAUUCUACGCCACAAUCGUCGUAAGCAUGUGUUGUAAAUUUUCGUCGUGACGCUCGUGUGUGUGUGUACAUAAAUGUAUGUCCGCUAUGUGUAUAUAAUAUAUAAGCGCUAUAAGUCGUGUGAUAAUACCUACUUUACGUAACUUUACGGCAUACUACUGCUCAUAGCGCCCUGCCAGAGCUGCCAACGUUAUGUUGAUUUAAGGCUCCGACACGCUAAUGCUCAUUAAUUGUUAGGCGGCUGACAGGUAGCUCUAGAUAGCAGGCGUGAAAACUGUAAAAAUUCUGGUAUUCAGUAUUAAUUAUUCGGUUUUUUUCAUUUUAAAAACUUAAAGUAUUAAAUCCAUGCACAUUCCUUCAAAAUAUACUUCAAGUUCAACCAAAAUUUGUUCGCGUGUAUUAUGCUGGAAUAAAGCCCGCGUAUGUAAGAUAAGAUCGCGACUUCAAAGAGCUUGUUUUGUAGCAUACCAAGGCGCUGACUGGAGUUGAAUUCUCAUUCCCGGCAAUCACAUUGCUCAAAUAUAUUUUUGUAGCGCCUAAAGGUAUGCUAUAGUUAUUUUGAUAAACAAUCGUCGUAAGUAGCGCCUAAAGGUAUGCGACAAUUAGUUAGGUAACCGUUACCGGGAACUUCUCUCGACUUAGUUUAACGUGAUAUUAACAUUUUCAUUACACAACUAUUUUUUAUUCUAUGCGCCGAAAAUUUGAUAAGCAUAUGUUAAUAAAAUACUUCGAAAAUAGGUAUAUAUAUAUUGUAAUAAUACUUGUAUCCCAAAAGUAUGUAAAAUAGGUUAUAGUUUUAAUUUUAAGCGUAGUUGAAUUUGAUGUGUAGUAAUGAAAAUAAAUUUUUGUAGUUAAUAAAAACAAAAAUUAAGUAGGUUAUAUGGUGCUUGCUGCUGUGCUUGUUUAUAAGACCAGUUUUCCCUAAAAAUUAGUUUUAGUCAAAAUUUUUUUGUAAUUUUCAAGAAUACUAACAAAAACUUCACAUUUCUUGAUCAAGUUUUUGCUCAUAUUUCAAAAAAAUCCUUGUCAACAAAUCGGUUUCGGCUUGAUGCCAACUUCAAAUGGAUAUUCACCUUUUUCAACUCUAUAUUCGCCAGCUUCGACUCCAUAUUCACCACUUUCAACGUCAUACUCACCAACUUAAAUUCUAUAUUCACUACAUUCGUUUCCGUAUUCACCACAUUCAACUCUAUAUUCACCACAUUCGACACCAUAUUCACCACUUUCAACUUCAUAUUCACCACAUUUUCAAUCUUAUACUCACAAUCUUCAACCCGAUAUUCACUAACUUCAUCACUUCGCCUCCAUAUUCACCAACCUCAACUUCAUAUCCACCAAUUUCAACUCUAUAUUCACCACUUUUAAGUCCAUAUUUACCACCUGCGAGACAAUAUUCACCACUUUCAAUUCUAUAUUCAUCACCUUUGACUCCAUAUGCACCAUCUUUGAUUCCAUCUCCACCAUCUUCAACUCCAUAUUCAACACAUUCCACUCCAUUCACCACCUUCAGUUUCAUAUCCACCACCUUAAAGUCUAUAUUUACCACGUUCAACCUCAUAUUCUCCACCUGCAACUCCAUUUUUUCCACCUUUAACUCCAUAUUCACCACUUUCAACAACAUAUUCACCACUUUCAAAUAAAUAUUCACCAACUUCAAUUCUAUAUUCACCACCUUCAACUACAUAUUCCCCAAAUUCAAAUUUAUAAUCACCGCCCUCAACUCUAUUUUCACCACCUUUCAACUCAACACACACCACCUUCAACAUCAGCUCUGUAGAUAAAAACUCACAUGUAGUCACAGCAGCAAGCUUUUACUGACCCAAUGUGACUCAAAUCUUUGUGAAAAUGUGAAUGUUAACAAUUUUUAGAAAUUCAGGAAAAUUAAAAAUAAUGAAAAGUGUUUUAUAGUUAGUAAUAAUUUGUGCAUAAUAAUAUUAAGAAUUAGACGAAAAUAACUAAAUACAUUAUAAAACUAAAUUAUUUCUAAUAAGUACUUAUUAUGCUGAGCUGUGAAUAUCUCAAUUGGCAGAGGUUGUAACGGCAGGGCAAACCUCGUUGAGCGAUCUAAGUUUAGAAAUACUCGUCAUAACGUUAAUAGGUAAAGAUACUUUCGCAAAUUACUAAAAAAGGUAAACAUAUCCUACGGAUUAGCAAUAGAGACUAUGGUAUUGUCUUGAAUGUAGCCCUCUGGGUAGAUUGUAUCCCUUCAAAAGUUAUUCUUUGAAUUUAUCGGUUACUAUCGGACUAUACACUUUACAUAUGCUCUAUAAUUUUACUUCGAAUAAAUUGUUCAAUGAGUUUCCGGUAAUCUUGGCGACUUGUAAGACAUGCAUUCUAUUAAAUAAUCUUGCUCAUUUUUCAGACUAUGUAGCUUUGUCCGAUCGAAAAAUAAUAAAUAUCUGAAUAAAGUAAGUCUACACUUGAUACCGAGCAAGGUAUAUAAGUAUACUAUAUCUAUUUGGCAAUCUUAGCAAAACAGAAAAACUACAGGAUCCACCAUGAAAUUUUCUUCCACAAAUCGAAACAGUUUCAGAAACUAAAGCUUAAUGGUAAGAUUAGGUUUAAAGUCAGUUCUUACAGAGAUCUCAUUUUGACAGCUUAGAACGCCGGUCCAUGGUCCGUUGAGGCAUUUAAACUGUUGGAUAAUAGAUCAUAAGAUCUUUGCAAAUGACGCUUUCUAAUAUCAAUUUCGUCUAUGUUUCCUGGUUCGCUGCAGUUAGGACUGCCGAAAGGUUUCAAGCUCAGUUUCACAAAGGCUGAACAAGGAAGGAGAAAGUGCUGUGUGUUUCCAUCUCUCAUUCACUCUCCUGCUGAUAGCCACAUUUUAUCCUGAAAGUUCUUUAAAUUAUUCUUAAAUUUCAACUUCAAAUCUGUAACGAACUUAGAAUAAUUUUCGUAAUAAAUUUUACAGAAAAAAAUUAUUUUUAUCGGCGCUUGUCUUUUUACAUUUUCAUCAUAUUUUUCUAAGAAGUUCUUAGAUUUUAAAACAGCGCGAACCCAGCUAUUUUGGUAGUUCAGGUCAUUGCCUUAGUGUUAGUAUCCAUGCUAGUAUUUUAUUAACAUUUUUUUACUUAGUUAGAGACUGUUUUCGUAGCAGUUUAGCUAUCUAUCUUAUCUAGAAAAUUACUAAACCAAGCAAGAGAAGUCAACUGGAUCAUGCCUUAGAAUUACUGAUAUUGUAGAAACUUGGAUUUCCUCUUCAGUAUUCAGAGAAAAAUUUUGAAAUGGCAGGUUCUACAGGUUUCGGAGAUGAAACUGAUUGCUUUGGUUAACUAAUCGUCGGUUAAGUAACCAUCAGUUUAGUAAACGUCAGUUAAGUAACCGACAGUUAAAUAAGCGUCAGUUAAGUAACCAUCAGUUAAGUAACCGACAGUUAAGUAAUUGUCAGCUAAUCAACCGUCAGUUAAGUAACCGCCAGUUAAGUAAUCACCAGUUAAGUUAACGUCAGUUCAGAUAUCGUCAGCUAAGUAAGCGUCAGUUAAGUAACCAUCAGUUAAGUAAUUGUCAGCUAAUCAACCGUCAGUUAAGUAACCGCCAGUUAAGUAAUCAUCAGUUAAGUUAACGUCAGUUCAGAUAUCAUCAGCUAAGUAAGCGUCAAUUAAGUAACCAUCAGUUAAGUAAUUGUCAGCUAAUCAACCGUCAGUUAGGUAACCAUUCAGUUUAAUAACUGUCAGUUAAGUAACCGCCAGUUAAGUAAUCAUCAGUUAAGUUAACGUCAGUUCAGAUAUCGUCGGCUAAGUAAGCGUCAGUUAAGUAACUCUCAGUUAAACAACUUGAAAAUUUAAUCUGUCUAUUAAUGACUAAUAUAUAUUCACAUUAUUAUUUCUGCUUUUGUAAGAAGCUCACAUCUUUAAGUCGAGUAAGUACUCGAGAGUUUGAGCCACAGAGCUCUACUACUAUUGCUACUGCUACUCAGUACUACAUGGGAACCCAUAAAAUAUUUAUAUUUAUUUUCAAAAUAACUGCAACAAUAUCUUAAGCACUCAUAAAACUCGAGAAGCCAAACUAGACUAAGCUUUCUUUAUAAAUUUCAUUUUAAUAUACUUUGAGAAAGCAAGAGAAGCCUCGAUAUUUCUUUAGCCUAAAUCAGCAAUUAAAUUAAUUUCAUUUGAAGCACAAAUAGUGCCGCUUAAUAAGCAUGACGACUAAUAGGGAAGAAACAACCGAAGAAGCACAAGAGUUUUAAUACGCCAUUGAGCUUUCGAAGAAACAAGACAUUAGGGCGGAAAAGUACCGGCAUUUGCAUAACAACGCCUUUAAAUUAACAUGCAAUUAGGCAGAGUGGCGAGCUUGCGAUAAAAAAAGUGAAGGAUAAUGAAAAAUUGGGGUGGAAACAAGAAAAUAAAAAAUAAGUGAACUUGUUGAAACAAAUGACAAAAUCAUUGUGAGUAAAUUUAGGUUGUAAACCCGUAGUAAAGUCAAAGCACAGAAAGCUACCGUUUUUGAGGUGUUUCAAGUCAAAGCAAAAAUCGUAAUAAUGAAAAGCGGAAGUGCCGAGACACACAGUAGGCUUUGCUGCUAACAGAGAGCAUGAAAUAGGUACUGAAAAUAGUGUAGCAACAACAAAAUAAAGUGCUAUAAAAACGUCCAUAUUGUCCGCUUUUCAUUAGCGGAAUAACUAGGCAAGUUGAGCAUCGGGGGUCACAGCGGGCUUUCUAAGCGAGAAAAUGGACACAAAGGUCCCGCGUCGUAGCACAAAUGUAGCACAAAGGCGAAGCGACUAUCGUUGAAUGUGUGAAGACAGGCAUGAAAUCGAAAGCUACUUGGGAGGUAAAAAAGUUUAGCGAGCAUGCUUGCGUUAGCGGGUAAAAUGAAAGGGAUUUUAUUUAUAGAAAAAUGAAGGUAAAGCAGCAAAAAUUAAAGUUGAUACUUUGAAAAUGAUAUAAAUUUAUAGAAAUUUAUAGUAGGUUGAAGCUCACUGGAAACGAAAGAUAAAAAAAAAAUUAUAGAAAAAAUAAUCCACGUGCGAUCUGUGGUAGGGAAGAGGGUAUUUGAAUUUUUAAGGGUUAAAAACUGUUUAACUGUCAGUUAAGUAACCGACAGUUAAGUAAUUUUCAGCUAAGUAACCGUCGGUUAAGUAAUCGUCAGUUAAGUAACCGUCAGUGAGGUAACCGUCGGUUAAUUAACCGUCAGUUAAGUAAUCGUCAAUUAAGUAAACGUCUGU